AUGUCAGCCCGUCUGAAUGCUCAUCGCUUCACCAAGCUGGAGACGAAUGAGCCCAAGCUCCAUGAUGCCUCCAAGAAUAUUGAGAAGGCAGAUUUUCGCAUUACGACUCAGGUUAUUUACGACGUCAUUAGUAACGCCAACAUGAUAACCCUGGAGGAGAGUGCGCAUGCUGCCACUGCCGUCCGUAACAAGGCUCGUGCGGACCGUCUUGCUAGGGUGCAGACAGUGUCAGCCCGUCUGAACGCUCGUCGCUUCACUAAGUUAGAGAUGAAUGAGCCCAAGCUCUAUGAUGCCUCUAAGAAUAUUGAGAAGGCUAUGGAGCUCGAGAAGGACAAGAAAGUGGUCGCUUCUCUUUCCACUACCUCGGGUGCACCCCCUACCACCACUAGGCUCCCGGUCGAGAAGACUCCUAGGCCGCCGACUUCCACCAGCCCGGUGAGGAGGAAUGGUAUGGCUCGAUCUGGUGAAUUUGAUUAUGAAAUCAAUGUGAGCAGAAUGCGAGACUUGCAGUCGCACCUUCUUUUCCCAAGCGCCAACCAGCAUAUGGAUGCGAGGAAUCACUGGAAGCCGGCUGUUCCCUGUGAGACUUGCUUGGAAUUGUUCCACACUGAGGAAGCUGCCGACCCGCACAUGGAGGCCAUAGGACAUUACGAAAACUACUGCGUGGAAUGCGAUCGACGCUUCUUAAGUGAGAACUGUCUCCGCCAGACACGAGAAACAAGAAAGACAGACCGCGCAUGGAAUGGCUACCUCGGACAAGGAAGAUCCACUCUGUUAUAA